CUCCGUUCAUCCUUAUAAGCGGAAAACAAAGGUGAAAUGCGUUCAAUGUUGAAGAAAGAAUGGGCAAUGAAUUUGUUUCUUGCAGCUUCCUCCUCCUACUUUUUGUCUCGCUUGCUCCCCGUGUAACUUCGAAUGGGGCCGAUGUUCUACGACUUCACAGCAUGGAUUCCGACGAUAACCAUAGCGGUGGAGAAAAAAACGGACGCGGUUCAUCAUCCGGCGGCGGCUGGGCCGUGAGCAUGGAUGAUCCGAAUGAUCCUGCAGUCCAAGUGUUCGCCCUCAUCAAAGAUCUUGUUGUUGGGAAAACAAUGCCAAUCUACUUCCCCUACAUAAAGGAUCCAACUUCGUUUCAGUUCUUCCCUAAAGAAACAACACAACACAUCCCCUUCUCGUCGGAGGCGAUCCCGGAGCUUCUCCGGUUCUUCUCCUUCUCACCGGACUCAAAGCAAGCCUUGGGGAUGAGGCAAACACUCGAGGUUUGCGAGAAGGAACCGAAAGAAGGAGAGGUCCGAGGGUGUGCGACCAAUGUAGAAUCACUAGCUGAUUUUGCACGAGGCAUCUUGGGAUCAGACUCGAAAGUCGAAAUUCUAAGAUCGUCUCUGCUUUCGAACCCAUCGACUCCACUAGUCCAAAACUACACCAUACUCGAGUUCGCGGAGAUGUCGACCGGGGAUAUCGUGCCGUGCCACAGCGAGCCGUAUCCGUAUCCAGUGUACUACUGCCACUUCCAACUGGGAGCAGAGAGCAAAGUGUUCAAGGUUCACUUGAGAGGUGAGAACGGUGAGAUGAUCGACUCGGCGUUUCUGUGUCACAUGGAUACAUCGACAUGGCGGCCCGGCCAUGUCGCUUUCCGUCUUCUCGGAGUCAAGGCCGGGGACACCGAAGUGUGCCACUUCAUGGCGGCACACGAUCUAGCUAUGUUUCCUGUUCCGAAGUAAGAAAAAAAAGCUUGCAUCGCAAUGCAUGUACUGGAAAUAAAAUUAAAAUAAAAAGUAGUAGUACUACUUAAUCUCGAAUUAAGUGAAAA